UGUAUAUAAACCGCGCCAGCUAACGUUCAAUCAUCAGACACUUCUUGGUCUAUUCUUCAGUAACUUGAACACAGUCUACCGUCGAAUUUUCACAAAAGCUUUAGCCAAAAUGGUGAAAGUAUAUUUUCUUGUCGCUCUUCUCUUUGUGGCUGUAGCUGCCAUCAUGGCAGCACCCGUGGAGGAGGAAUACGAGCCCCUCGAACACGCUGGUAUCGAGGAACGUGCUGAUAGACAAAGAAGAGUGACCUGCGAUCUUCUCUCCAUCAAAGGAGUCGCUGAACAUAGUGCUUGCGCUGCCAACUGUCUCAGCAUGGGCAAAGCUGGAGGUCGCUGCGAGAACGGAAUCUGCCUUUGUCGCAAGACCACCUUCAAGGAACUCUGGGACAAACGCUUUGGUUAAAUCCAAUUCUACCAAUUCUACACCAAGCUUCGACGAAUUUUUCAUGCAACGAGGGAUACGCGAAGAAGACGCGACUAAUGUCAAGAAAUUACCAAAUAUUUAAAAAACUACGCUUAUUUUAUUAUAGUUAGAGUGAAUCUUUCCUUACUGAAAAUUCUAUGGAACUUAGGUUGUUAAAAGCUACUUACAGAAUAAAUACAGAAUAAAUAAAGUUUCAAAAGAAGAAAAAACAUAAGCACCGAACGAUGAUUUUUCCACCCUUCGUAUUUUAUUCACAAUUAAUAACUAUAAAUAAAACUUAUUAGGCUAACCGUGAAAUUUGAUACACGAGAAAUCUCAACUCUGUGUAGAACAAGUUUCUAUAAAAAGUACAAUCCCAAGGAAGAUAGGCGAUAGAUCGAUUCGAUUAUUUAUAGAUAUUUGUUUAUUCGUUUCCGAGUGAAGAAAUUGGCUUUGAGAAUUAUUUCUCGGAUAUGUGAUAAUGUAGGAUCUUUACUACAAUUAGUUUAUUUAUAAUAAAUGGAUUAAACAGA